AUGGUGGCUCCGACGACCGAGCCUUCGGGUUCUCCUCCUGACGACGACCCGCCCGGUGUGGCAUCUCAUGACGACGGAGGUUGGGCCCGACAACCAAGCGACAGUUCUCCGUGGGGCAGCUGGCAGCGGGAUUACUACGAUCAAUAUAGCUCUGGUUGGGAUUCUUGGGAGGAUCAGCACUGGAGUUCGGGUGAUCGUUGGUCUUGGCAGCCUUGGGGUUACUACAACAACUACCGUAGUGCCUGGCGACAUCCUGGAUCAUGGGGUGAUUAUGAUUCCUGGAACCAACAUAGCAGCUCUGGCGACCCAGAGCAGUCGGCACAGCGCGAGCAAGAUGAGAAUUCCGAAGACCCGCCUGCUUCGAGCGACCCCUCAAACCCUGAUGAGAGCUCACAGGAUGUGCGGAGACCUUCGACCGCCACCCAGGAGAGCACCGAUGCGACGAGGACUCCUUUGCGGCAGAGCCGUGACAGCGGCUCGGUGACCUCAGAGACUUCUGGGAAGGCUGAUUCGAAGGGCUCUUUCAGUGAGAAGAUGGCGGUUCCUACUUUCGGGGCGACUGGAAGUGGGGAUGAACUGGGUGUUUCAGCUAGGUCGUAUUUGCGACAGAUCGAAGCCUGGAGCAAAGUCACACGCACCGCGCCAGCCCAGCAAGCUCUUCUCCUUUAUCAACAUCUUAGCGGCCGAGCGUGGGUUGAAUCAGAGGAAUUGAGUGUCGAGGACCUAGCAAGUGAACGUGGGUUGCAGAUCUUCAAGUCAUGGAUUCGUGAGAGAUACCAAGAAGUUGAAGUGAGCCGCAUUGCUGAAGCAUUGACUCUUUUCUUCAAGAAGAUGAAGCGACAGAAUGGACAAUCGAUCAGAGAAUUCAACUCGGUCUUUGAUCGGAGCCAUUCACGACUCCUAGAAAUCGAUUGCAAGCUUCCAGAAGUCGCCCGUGCCUGGGCCUAUCUCAACGCCCUGGGCCUCAGCAACACAGAAGAGUUGUCUCUUUUGGCUUCUGUCGGAAAUGACUACAGUACUGCUAAGCUUCAGAAAGCAGCCAUCCUCCAUGAGAAAUCGCUUCGCGGGCCCUGGGUUCCUAAGCCGCAGGGUGAAGGGAAGGGUACGAGAAGUGCAUUCUACACGGGAGUUGAUGACGAAGAGGGUCUGAAGGGCAUUGAAGAGGAGGACAGUUCGGAGACCUACAUUUCUGAAGAAGUUGCUGUGGAACUUCACGAAGCAUUCGUUGCACAGGAGUCCGCCAAAGCUCGUUACAGAGAUGUCGUAAAGGCCCGGGGGAUUGACCCUGAGACUCUCAAGAAGAAAAGCGGUGAUGAGGUGACUCGCCAACAGAUCGACGAUCGCCUCGCUCAGGCAGAGCUUCGCAGCUAUUGCGCAGGCUGCGGUAGACGCGGCCAUUGGCACAAAGAUCCGGAACGCCCUUUGAACAAGAAUGGAAACCCAGCUUCGAAACCAAAGACCGCCCAGGACCACCAAGUGCAUGCGACCUCGGUCUCUCCAGAUGUCCCGGCUAGCAUCGUUGAGGUCGCUUACAUGGUUGGGGAUCUCGGUGGUGAUCGCCUUCCUGCGAUUACGGACACAGCAUGUUCGAAAUCGGUGAUGGGACAGGGUUGGUUGGAGUCCUAUGUGCGCCUGGCUAAAGAAGUUGGCGUCGAAGUUCAAUUCCUGGAUUGCCAUGACGACUUCAGGUUCGGAGCUUCGAAGCUGUUCCACGCUAGCUUUUCAGCCACAAUCAUGAUCCAGAUUCGCAACCGGGUGUUCAUGCUGAAGGCUUCUGUGGCCCAGGGAGAAGUGCCACUCCUCAUGAGCCGUAGCGCGCUGAGCAAGCUUGGGAUGGUUUAUGAUUUGGAAGAUCAUUCGGCUCAGUUUAAGAAGCUCGGAAUCGACAAGUACAUGUUGCUCACGACGGACAGCGGCCAUCCGGCGAUCCCAGUGUCACCGAAACGUGUUCCGGGAUUGAAGUGGCCUACGCCCCAACAGUGGGCCGGCUCUGAGGUGAUCAUCGUUCCCCCAGCUGAGUCGCAAUACAUGUCAUACAUGGUCAGUGCUGUCGAAGGGGAUGCAAGCGUUCCUGUUGAUCCGAUUCCCAGAUGUGAACCAUUGAGCAAGAACCCUGACCCGACUCCAGGACUGAAUUUAUUCCACCCGAAGAAGAUCAACGACUGUGUGCGCAAUCUACUUUGUGCAGAACCUCUCAAUGUGCAAUCGUUCGCCACCUGGAUUCUUCGAUCCGACCAAGUGGAUUACCUCACAAUCGACUACGAAGGUCCGUCUUCUCUCGAGCCACUGCUAGGCCCCCGCUUUUCGGUAGUCCCGCGGUUGUCCCAGCUCCAGAAGUUCCAGAUGUCCUCAUCCAGCGCUCCGGUGAAUGUCUGGAAGAUGACAAAGACGGAAUUGAUGGCAGAGGCAAUGCGCUUGAAUCUCACGAUUCACGCGACUUGGUCUGUGGGAGAAAUCAGACAGGUGAUCACGGACCACAAGCGGGAAUCCGAGGGGUCGUCAGUCCCGAAAGGGCUAGCAUCGAUGACGCUCGACCAAUUGAAGGCCCAGGCCGUGGAGUAUCAGAUCGAAAUGCCGACCAAACCGACGAAGGGCCAGCUUCAGAUGCUCAUCCGGGACGCGGCCACGCGCAACAAAGCAGAGGCACUCGUCACAUUUGGACGACACCGAGGAAAGCUCUUCAAAGAAGUGCCGUCCCAGUACCUGGAUUGGGCGAUGAAGGAGGUCAAGGCUCGGGGAGUCGAGAACUCGGGGCCAGACCUUGUGAGCUUGGCGAAUUACGCCAGGAGUCUCCUGGAGCCCGAGGAAACGAUCACCUACAAUCCGGAGAUCGAUGCGAGGGUUCCCCUUCCCUCGGAGGACGGAUCCAGCUGGGAGACCCAUUGGUCGGAGUUGACAGAGACGGCCAAGACGAUGAAUGCAGGAAUGGGCUACGGGACGAAGGUGAUGGCUGGACCUACGGAGCAGCCCCCGAAGGCCGCCCCGAUGAAGAGGACAACGGACGAGACAGCGAAGGGACAAAAGCCUAUGGAACAGGAGAUCCCGUCGGAGGACGAGCUCGAGGAGGAGGUCCCCUUAGAUCAAUUUGAAGAGCCGGGCGAAACCUUCACUGCCAACUUUUCUCCUCGGGAAACACGUGUGGAGGCGGACUCCCUUGAGAUUUUCUAUGAGGCUCGUGAAGACAUACCCGGUGCAGAUACCAUUGGGAACUCCGUUGAACAUUUUGCAAAAGACCGUCUUGCACAGAAGGACUUCACCUUCUCCACAUGUGAGAAAAUCGUCCGAGCGGUUUGUCAAAGAGCUCAGAGUCUACGAAGGAGGAAAAUCAACCAGGGCACCGACAGUAUUGCACUAGGGGGCUACUCGCAUGGGAACCACUAUGGCAUUAUCCAGAAGACUUACGCUUUCCAUCAGACCACAAAGUACAUCAAUGCACUUAUGAAGACCCACGGGGCGCACGGUCAUUGGAGCACUUUUCAGCUUCGUCAUAAUUGUCAUGUCGGCCCCGACAAGGAUGCCCAUAACCUUUCGGGUACUCGUUGCUGGACGAUUGCUUUCGGUGACUACAACGGUGGACGUUUGUGGCUUCAAAGUGAUCCCAAUGCUAAGGUUGAUGGAGCCUCCGACUUCCAGAACGUCAAGCUCUCGGACGGGACCGAGGCAAUCGGUGAGGUCGUGAACACGUGUGAACACAUGACAGACUUUUCUCCUAAGACCAGACAUGCGGUAGAAGAAUGGGAAGGUGACCGAUGCUCAAUCGUCGCCUACACGACCCGCGGUGUGCACCACCUCUCAAGGACAGAACGGGAUGUGUUGCGAACCUUUGGUUUUCCUCUUGGGAGACAUGAAGGUUCCAGUCCAUGCGAUCGAGAAUCUUUCAAGCGGCCCAAGAAGAGCAUCAGGAAAUCUUUGUGGAAAGGUGCACAGAGAGCUAGUGCUUUCCCCACUCUCGGGUUGGCGGCAGCUUCUUCGUUUCUGAGCGAAUACAUGCCCUCAGGAAAGGCGGUUGAACAAGCAUGCGUUUUCGAGAUCGGUGGCACCAACAUCACCUAUCAGAUGACCGAGGCAGGAGCGCACGUUGUGGAGCCUAUCUCUUGGGAAGAGUAUCUCGAUAGUGAUCUCAAGUUCGAUGUACAUCACACCAUCCAGACGUUGAAGCCCAAUGUAGUUUGGUUCCAAGGUGAGAGUGAGUUCAUCCAACGUGGAGAACGGGUGUUGCAAACCAUUGACUACCAGCUUGGAUGUGGUGGUUCCGUGGUACUACAAGGACUCUUUUACGACCCCAUCUGGAAUUCCCGAGCCCUCAGUGAUCUCCUAGGACAGCAUCCCCACUCUUGCGAGGAACAUGGCGAACUUCGGACUCUACGACUUGGGCGUCUUCCAGCACAACCUGACCAAGGAGACGAUUCAGUACAUGAAGGGGUCCGGGAGGGAUUCGUGGCUUCACACAACAGACGCAAUAACAUCGAUCAUGAAGGUGCUUCAGCGAUUCACUUUGACGGCGACGUGCCUAAGCAUGUACAGUCAGCUCUUACACGACUUCACCAAAAUUUGGGGCACCCCAGAAUUGUCGAUAUGCUAAGGCAUCUCAGAUAUGCUGGAGCUGAUGAAGGAGUGCUUAAGGCUUGCAAGAAAAUGCGCUGCGAAGCUUGUGCUAGGAACCAAGCGACACAAGUUGCUCGGCCAGCUACUCUUCCUUCACUACUUGAUAUGAACCAGUUGGUCAGUGUGGACGUGUUUCAUGCUUUCGAUGCUAACCGAGUUCGACAUGAAUUCCUGUCCGUCAUCGAUCAUGCUACCACCUUCCACUUGGUCUGCGAACUCGAGGGGCAUUCCACCGAGGCUUUUUGUCGAAGUUUUACUCAGCUGUGGGGAAACACUUUUGGAGCACCAGGAACGAUUUCAGCUGAUCUUGAAACAGGUCUCCAAGGGGGAAUCACAAAGUCCGCUGAGUUCUUCGGGAGCAACCUGCGCAGUUCGGCCGGCCAGGCACAUUGGCAGCAGGGUGUUGUAGAGCGACACGGACUCUGGUAUCAGGAAAUACUACGGCGCGUCAUCGAUGAGAAAUCAAUCACCAGUGAAGAUAUGUACCUCGCCGUCCAAGCAGUCAAUUCUGCAAAGAAUGAAUUGAGGAGAAGACACGGAUUUUCCCCAACUCAGGCCGUGUUUGGACGAGACCCAAGAUCACCAGAAGAAAUCUGUGGUGCCAAUGACGAGGACCGGUACAUCGAGGUCUUGUCUGCUGAUCGGAGAAGACAGAGAGAAGUUAGUAUCAGGACAGCAGCGAAGAUGGCUUUCUUCCGUACUCAAGCGGAUUCCAAGUUCCGGAAGGCACUUGUUCAGAGGAGUAGGAUCAAGAGAGGGGGAUAUGCUGUUGGAGAGCUCGUCAGCUUCUACCGUAUAGAGAAGGUUGCCACCAAGCGGGGAUCCUGGCGUGGACCGGGAACAAUCAUCGGAUCUGAAGGCGGGAACUGGUGGGUGUCAUUCGGGGGUCGUUGUCACCUUGUUGCGGAGGAGCACUUGAGACCGAUUAUGAACCCUCUGAGAUGUGUUGAACAUGAUGGCGAUGAUCCCGGACAAGAACUUCGCCCAGCUCCUGAUGAAGAAAUGGUGGAGGAUAUGGACUUUGCCCUAGAGCUUGAGGGUGGUGAGCUGUUCCCAGAGCUGUUUGGUGAUGAAGGACAGACAGAACCCAGUAUGCCAGGGCCAGUUCGGAGAAGGGUACGUAACAAAGCCCCUGAACCCUACGUUCACACUGCACACAUGAUGAAGCGUUGUCAGACUGAUCGUGCUCUCGAGAAGGCCCUUGAGAAAGAAAUCCCGUGGAAGCUCAUACCUGAAAGCGAGCACGAAGCAUUCAGGCAAGCAGAAGACAAACAAUUUCAGGAGCACCUUGAUCACAGUGCCUUGAAACCAAUUGGGGUUGAAGAGUCUGAAGAGAUCAUUGCCAAGAUUGAUCCAUCUCGCAUCCUCAACUCCCCAAGAUUAGUGGUUUCCGGGCACCACGAUCCAGAUGUGAAGCACCUCGAAACCGAUGCCCCCACCAUCAACCGUUUGACAAUCCUUACGUUGCUCCAGGUCCUUGCAUGUCGAAGGAAAUCAGACGAUUGGGAGGCAUCAGCUGGCGACAUCACAGCCGCCUGCUUGAAUGGGGACGAUAUGGACCGCGAGCUUUACCUACGUCAACCAAGGACCGGACUUAGGGGGCUUGAUCCAAGACAACUUCUUAAGAUCACCAAAGGAGUGUUCGGAUUGCCCGAUAGUCCACGCAAGUGGUGGAAGCGACUCCGCAGGGACAUGCUGAACAUUCGUAUUCAAGUUGAUGGUGAGGAAUGCUUUUUUGAACAGAGUCCCCUUGAUCCGUGUUUGUUCCAACUUGUUUCUGCUUUGGACAAGAAGCCGAAGGUCUACGUCGGAGUACAUGUAGAUGAUCUACUGGUGCUUCCAGUCGACGAUUGGGAAAUUGAUUCAUUCGAUUACAUCGGAUCACACAUCCGAGUUUCCGCCGACGGUGUACAUGUUGAUCAAGAGGCCUAUGCUAGCUCCAGGCUGUUCGAAAUCAAGAUUGAAAAGGGGCAGGCCGACCUCGACCCGGCGACGGAGGAACAACGAAUCGACAACCAAUCUUUGAUCGGCGCUCUGUCAUGGCUUAGUAGUCAAUCACGAACAGAUCUGCAGUGCUCAGUCUCGCUAGCACAACAAUGCCAGAAGUAUCCCACUGUUGAGGACAUCAAAUUUACGAACAAGAUCGCCAAGCGUGCAUGGGAACACCGUCAAAAGGGGAUUUGGUUGCGCCCUUUGGAUCUAGAAUCGCUUGAAUUCCUCGUGUACCAUGAUUCAGCCUGGGCCAAUGCCCUCUUGGAAGGAGAGGACGGUUUCAUCUUGUCUCCCGAGGACCAUUCUGCUGGAAUUAUGACUCAUGGACCGUUCCAACACAAGGACCGCAAAGCUAAGAGGGCUAAUUCCAGGGUUGCCAGUCAGAUGGGUAUAUUGAUUGUGCUCACCGACAAAUCUCAAGUCGAUCAAGGCGGAGGGGUAGCGAGCGUGUUGGACUGGAAGUCUUCAGCUAAUCCCAGAGUAUGUAGAUCCACUUUCGGUGCCGAGACUACAGCAUGCUCCGAAGCAGUCGAAUUGGGCCAAUAUGUACGAUCUUUCAUGAUGACGAUCCUGAGCGGCGAGCUCAAGAGGGUAGAACAAUUGGACGGUGCACAACUCCGUUGCAUCACUGAUUGCAAGUCACUCUUUGACCAUCUCCAUAGAGAAGGAAUCCCAAGGAUCCCUUCGGAUAAACGGCUUGCAAUAGACUUAGCCGCGCUUCGACAAACUUUCUCCCUCGAACGAAUUGGAGAGCGAAUUCCCCUGUUUUGGGUGCCCACGGGGUACCAACUUGCCGAUGUGUUGACUAAGCCCAUGAGCUCCGAUGAUUGGUAG